AUGGACUCCCCCAUCACCUCUGUGGAGUCCUUCCGUUUCCUGGGCACCACCAUCACCCAGGACCUCAAGUGGGAGCCGACCAUCAGCUCCCUCAUCAAGAAGGCCCAGCAGAGGAUAUACUUCCUGCGGCAGCUCAGGAAAGCCAAGCUGCAGUUCUACACGGCCAUCAUCGAGUCCAUCCUCACCUCCUCCAUCACCUCCUCCAUCACCUCCUCCAUCACCUCCUCCAUCACCUCCUCCAUCAUCUCCUCAUCACCUCCUCCAUCACCUCCUCCAUCACCUCCUCAUCACCUCCUCCAUCACCUCCUCCAUCACCUCCUCCAUCACCUCCUCAUCACCUCCUCCGUCACCUCCUCCAUCACCUCCUCAUCACCUCCUCCGUCACCUCCUCCAUCACCUCCUCAUCACCUCCUCCAUCACCUCCUCAUCACCUCCUCCAUCACCUCCUCCAUCACCUCCUCCAUCACCUCCUUCAUCACCUCCUCCAUCACCUCCUCCAUCACCUCCUCCAUCACCUCCAGCAUCACCUCCUGCAUCACCUCCUGCAUCACCUCCUCCAUCACCGUGUGGUUCGCUGGAGCCACAAUCCAGGACGAGUUAAUCAGUCCUACAGACCUCAGUCCUACAGACCACUGUCCUACAGACCUCAGUCCUACAGACCUCAGUCCUACAGACCUCUGUCCUACAGACCUCAGUCCUACAGACCUCUGUCCUACAGACCUCAGUCCUACUGACCUCUGUCCUACAGACCUCUGUCCUACAGACCUCAGUCCUACAGACCUCUGUCCUACAGACCUCAGUCCUACAGACCUCAGUCCUACAGACCACUGUCCUACAGACCACAGUCCUACAGACCACAGUCCUACAGACCUCAGUCCUACAGACCUCAGUCCUACAGACCUCUGUCCUACAGACCUCAGUCCUACUGACCUCUGUCCUACAGACCUCUGUCCUACAGACCUCAGUCCUACAGACCUCAGUCCUACUGACCUCUGUCCUACAGACCUCUGUCCUACAGACCUCAGUCCUACAGACCUCUGUCCUACAGACCUCUGUCCUACAGACCUCAGUCCUACAGACCUCAGUCCUACAGACCUCAGUUCUACAGACCUCAGUCCUACAGACCUCAGUCCUACAGACCUCAGUCCUACAGACCUCAGUCCUACAGACCUCAGUCCUACAGACCACAGUCCUACAGACCUCAGUCCUACAGACCACAGUCCUACAGACCUCAGUCCUACAGACCACAGUCCUACAGACCUCAGUCCUACAGACCACAGUCCUACAGACCUCUGUCCUACAGACCUCUGUCCUACAGACCUCAGUCCUACAGACCUCAGUCCUACAGACCACAGUCCUACAGACCUCAGUCCUACAGACCACAGUCCUACAGACCACAGUCCUACAGACCAGUCCUACAGACCAGUCCUACAGACCUCUGUCCUACAGACCUCAGUCCUACAGACCUCAGUCCUACAGACCUCAGUCCUACAGACCACAGUCCUACAGACCACAGUCCUACUGACCUCAGUCCUACAGACCUCAGUUCUACAGACCUCAGUCCUACAGACCUCAGUCCUACAGACCAGUCCUACAGACCACAGUCCUACAGACCUCAGUCCUACAGACCACAGUCCUACAGACCACAGUCCUACAGACCUCAGUCCUACAGACCACAGUCCUACAGACCACAGUCCUACAGACCUCAGUCCUACAGACCACAGUCCUACAGACCUCUGUCCUACAGACCUCUGUCCUACAGACCUCAGUCCUACAGACCUCAACCACAGUCCUACAGACCUCAGUCCUACAGACCAGUCCUACAGACCUCUGUCCUACAGACCUCAGUCCUACAGACCUCAGUCCUACAGACCUCAGUCCUACAGACCUCUGUCCUACAGACCUCUGUCCUACAGACCUCAGUCCUACAGACCUCAGUCCUACAGACCAGUCCUACAGACCUCAGUCCUACAGACCUCAGUCCUACAGACCACAGUCCUACAGACCACAGUCCUACUGACCUCAGUCCUACAGACCUCAGUCCUACAGACCUCAGUCCUACAGACCACUGUCCUACAGACCUCAGUCCUACAGACCAGUCCUACAGACCACAGUCCUACAGACCUCAGUCCUACAGACCACUGUCCUACAGACCUCUGUCCUACAGACCUCAGUCCUACAGACCUCUGUCCUACAGACCUCAGUCCUACAGACCUCUGUCCUACAGACCUCUGUCCUACAGACCACAGUCCUACAGACCACAGUCCUACAGACCUCAGUCCUACAGACCUCAGUCCUACAGACCACUGUCCUACAGACCUCAGUCCUACAGACCACAGUCCUACAGACCACAGUCCUACUGACCUCAGUCCUACAGACCACUGUCCUACAGACCUCAGUCCUACAGACCACAGUCCUACUGACCUCAGUCCUACAGACCACUGUCCUACAGACCUCAGUCCUACUGACCUCAGUCCUACAGACCUCUGUCCUACAGACCUCAGUCCUACAGACCACAGUCCUACAGACCACAGUCCUACUGACCUCAGUCCUACAGACCACUGUCCUACAGACCUCAGUCCUACAGACCUCAGUCCUACUGACCUCUGUCCUACAGACCUCUGUCCUACAGACCUCUGUCCUACUGACCUCAGUCCUACAGACCUCUGUCCUACAGACCUCUGUCCUACUGACCUCAGUCCUACAGACCUCAGUCCUACAGACCUCAGUCCUACAGACCUCAGUCCUACAGACCUCAGUCCUACAGACCUCAGUCCUACAGACCACAGUCCUACAGACCUCUGUCCUACAGACCUCAGUCCUACUGACCUCAGUCCUACAGACCUCAGUCCUACAGACCUCAGUCCUACUGACCUCAGUCCUACAGACCUCUGUCCUACUGACCUCAGUCCUACAGACCUCAGUCCUACAGACCUCAGUCCUACAGACCUCAGUCCUACUGACCUCAGUCCUACUGACCUCAGUCCUACAGACCACAGUCCUACUGACCUCAGUCCUACUGACCUCAGUCCUACAGACCUCUGUCCUACAGACCUCUGUCCUACAGACCUCAGUCCUACAGACCUCUGUCCUACUGACCUCAGUCCUACAGACCUCUGUCCUACAGACCACAGUCCUACAGACCACUGUCCUACAGACCUCAGUCCUACAGACCUCAGUCCUACAGACCUCAGUCCUACAGACCACAGUCCUACAGACCUCUGUCCUACAGACCACAGUCCUACAGACCUCAGUCCUACAGACCACUGUCCUACAGACCUCAGUCCUACAGACCUCAGUCCUACAGACCUCUGUCCUACAGACCUCAGUCCUACAGACCUCAGUCCUACAGACCACAGUCCUACAGACCUCUGUCCUACAGACCACAGUCCUACAGACCUCAGUCCUACAGACCUCAGUCCUACAGACCACAGUCCUACAGACCACAGUCCUACAGACCUCAGUCCUACAGACCUCAGUCCUACAGACCUCUGUCCUACAGACCACAGUCCUACAGACCUCAGUCCUACAGACCACUGUCCUACAGACCUCAGUCCUACAGACCUCUGUCCUACAGACCACUGUCCUACAGACCUCAGUCCUACAGACCUCAGUCCUACAGACCUCAGUCCUACAGACCACAGUCCUACAGACCUCUGUCCUACAGACCACAGUCCUACAGACCACAGUCCUACAGACCACAGUCCUACAGACCACAGUCCUACAGACCACAGUCCUACAGACCUCAGUCCUACAGACCUCUGUCCUACAGACCUCUGUCCUACAGACCACAGUCCUACAGACCUCAGUCCUACAGACCUCUGUCCUACAGACCUCUGUCCUACAGACCUCAGUCCUACAGACCACAGUCCUACAGACCACUGUCCUACAGACCUCUGUCCUACAGACCUCAGUCCUACAGACCACAGUCCUACAGACCUCAGUCCUACAGACCUCAGUCCUACAGACCACAGUCCUACAGACCUCAGUCCUACAGACCUCUGUCCUACAGACCUCAGUCCUACAGACCUCAGUCCUACUGACCUCAGUCCUACAGACCUCUGUCCUACAGACCUCUGUCCUACAGACCUCAGUCCUACAGACCUCAGUCCUACUGACCUCAGUCCUACAGACCUCAGUCCUACAGACCUCAGUCCUACAGACCACUGUCCUACAGACCUCAGUCCUACUGACCUCAGUCCUACAGACCUCUGUCCUACAGACCUCUGUCCUACAGACCUCAGUCCUACAGACCUCAGUCCUACUGACCUCAGUCCUACAGACCUCAGUCCUACAGACCAGUCCUACAGACCACUGUCCUACAGACCACAGUCCUACAGACCUCAGUCCUACAGACCACAGUCCUACAGACCUCAGUCCCUAUGGUUCCUCUGA